AUGCCGCCCAAACGUAAGGAUAAUAGCGAUGCUGGCGACGAGCCUACCGCGCGAGAGAGGAAGAAGCAAAAGACCGCCAUCGCGCGCACGAUCGCCGUACAACCGACUGCGUCUAGUUCAACGAGCGGAAGCAACCCAGUGGCUGGCCCAUCGAAAUCGGCUCGCGCUUUUGAGAUGAAGGCAAUGCAUGACGCAAUGCAGAGUGCACGAUCAAAUUCGACUCAAAGGGCUUGGCAACAACUCCCCCGACACCUGCGCCGCAGAGCUGCUAGCCACGAUGUUCGUCGCGUGCCUUUACGACUACGAGACAAGGCUCGCGCUGAAGUAAUGACUUGUCAAUAUGCGUGCUAUCUACGUACUGAGUAUAUGGCGGCAGAUGGACUCUGUCCAUAA